AUGCCUUCUGCAGCGCAGCACCAGCACCCAGAGCCACUCUUCACGGCUCAGCUGGCCGAUGUUAGCACCCUUGCCACCCUGCUGCGCUCCGUCGCCCUCUGUCCACACGCCAUCGUCACCGCUUCCGAAGAUGGCCUCGAAGUCGUCACCGAGCUCAACCGCACAAUACAGGCCCAUGCCUACCUCUACGCCGACAUCUUUGACCAGUACCAUUUUAUCCCGCCCCCAAAGCGGCCGCGCCACCGACAUUCAGAUGACGCCAACCGGUCCCCAAAGCGCCCAAAACGUCGAUCCGACCUCGCCCCGUCAUCGCAGAGCUCUUCGUCGCCGUCACCUUCCUCGCCAGCGUCGUCGCACGAGGUCGACGAGCUGCAACUUCGCACAGGCCUGACAGCAAGAGGAGCCGGCAACGGCCAUGGCAACGCUCGCAACGCUCGCAACGCUCGCAACGACGAUCAAGACAACGACGAAGACGACGACGACGACGAACCGCCCUCGGUCUCGUUCGAAGUCAACCUCCAGACAUGGCUCUCCUGCCUCGACAUUUUUGGCGGCGCCCAUCCCUCCCGCCCGCAUCCGGGAGGCAGUGGAGGCAGCACCGGCUCCAGCCUACGAGCUGCCACCAACUUUGGAACCGGCGGCAGCGGCGGCGGUGUUUCCUCUUCGUUUCGACGUCACCGCGACCGCGAUCGCGCCGAGGAUGACGGCUACGACACGCCGCAAGGCCCCUCGGCGGCAGCGCAGGGCGGGGCGGCAGCGACGACGUCAAUGAAGCUGAGCUACGAGGGCACUGGACACCCGCUGGCUCUCGAGCUAUGGCAAGAUCCCAGCAAGGCGUCGACGGCGGCGGCGGCGACGGUCAAGACGCGCUGCGAGAUUGCGACUUACGACGCCACCUUCCUCACCGACCUCUCGUUUGACCCUCAAUACCUCACCGGACAGGUCAUCCUUCCAUCCCACGUCCUCCAUACGGCCUUCGGGGAGCUCGAACAUAGCUGCAGCAGACUCGGCAUCUUUGUUCAGCCGCCACCAUCGGCGUCGCAGCAGCAGCAGCAGCAGCAGGCAUCGGCAACGACAUCGGUGCGAUCGACGACGGCCCCGGGAGCGGGUAAGCUGCACUUGCGUGCUGUAGGUGAUACGGGCGAGAGCGAGAUGGAGUUCCCCUACACGCCAUCAACAUCAUCAAGUGCCACCACCACCACCUCGUUCUCGAACGCACCCGGCGCCGGAGGCUCGUCCUUGUCAUCAAUGACAACAACGACGACGACUGUGAUGGAAAAGUUUCUGUGCACUUCGUCAAGUCGGUUGUGGUGGUACGCCUUUAACCUCGUGGGCAAAGUCAUGGGCUGUCUCAAGAGCUCGGUCAAGACCAGCCUUCGAAUCGACCAGGAAGGUCUCUGCAGCUUCCAGUUCAUGAUUCUCCUCCAGCCCCUUCCGAACACCGCCACCGGUGGCGGCGGCACGGGGACGGGAAGGUCGUCAGUCACACCUGCCCCGCCACCUGCACUACCGCUGGCAUCGAGAGGACGACAUCAGCAUCAAGGGGAGAGGGAAAACGAGUAUGCCUUCGUCGAGGUCCUGUGUGUCCCUCUGGACGAUACCCUUCUCUGA